AAACAAAAAAAUGCAAGCAAUUGGCCAAGAACAAACAUUUAUUCAGGUAGCUUGCUGAGGGUCACCGUCGUUUGGUCUCUAAAACCCUUCUAAUACCCCUCUCUCCUUCCACCACAAACGACCCACCCACAGUUAGUAAGCUUCAUAAAUCUCAGAAAAUGGUGUACAAACCAUGGAAGAUCAUCCCACGGCCAUUGCUAGAAACCGUGCUCAACAACCACGCCCAGCGCCACCGCGUGCCUCAGCCUCUGAUCCUUCACGGCCCCAGAGGCGCCGGCAAAACCACCGUCAUCCUCGAACGUCUGCUGGGGGAGUGGAACAAAGGCCCUCACCUCACUGGCUACGUCGACUUCGCCGAGUCCAUCAAAGAUCACCACCCGCAGUUCAGUCAAUCGUUUCCAUGGGCUUCCUGGUCCAAUUGCCCGCCGACCACUUUACCCAAUUGCCGAACCAAGCUCGAAAGCUGCCUCGAAUCCAUGGCUCACAAGGGCGUCCAGCUGGGUUCCAUCAGCUCCCAUCAAAUCUUCUCCAUUCUCAGCAAAUGGCAUGGUCUUAACACGGCGCUCCGCCGCGUUAUUGCCGGCAAUGGGGCUUCCAAGAACGCGCUUUCUGAGAAAGUUUCCGGGUCGGUUUUGUGGGAUCGGGCAGUGUUCGCGCUAAGUGCUCGAUGUAAUGGCCAAGAGAUUGAUGGGAUUUUGGGUUUGACUGAGAAGAAGAAUGUGCCGUUGGAGGAGGCUUCGUAUUAUAGGGAGGCCGUUGUGGCAUUGAGAUUGGCAAAGGAGGUGAUUAAGCAGCAGCAGAGUUGGAGGGCUAAUGCCAUUGCUCAUUUGAAUCGGACUGGGGGAUUUUCGGGGUCUUUAGCGAAUUCGUGUACUGAUUGGCCUUGUUUGUUGAUGGAGUUGUUGUCACAAGCAGCUGAAAUUGAUCAUUUUCAGCCUAAGCUGGUUAUUAACAAUGUCGAAGUUUUAAAGAAUGCGAUUCUGUUGGAAGAGAAUUCAUCAGUCUGCGGAUCCAUGUAUCACGACAGUCUAAUAUGGAGAAUAAUUGCUUUAGGUGCAAAUGAGAGGUGCUUUCCUGUUGUACUCGUGACAUCGGAUAGUUACUAUUCAUACCGAGCUUACAUGGAUUUUGGAUUUCCAGACAUAUUCAUCUCUCGUGAGGCUUUUGGCUGGAGUCCCCAGGAAGCUAAGUUACAUAUGGUUACUGAUUAUUUCAGUAAUUCAGAGUGGUCGGUGAUUGCUGAGGUAUUUGGCCCAAACCCACGACACCUAUUUGAGCUCUAUGCACUGAAACAGGCCAAUUACUAUCAACUGUUAGAAGACAACAAAGAUAGCACAUUUGAAGACAUUGUGGAUUCAUAUUUAGCUUACUUGCAAAUUACUGUAGUGAAUCCGGCCAUGGAGAAAGCACUGGGGCUCCUUCAAAAGUUUGCUGCUGAUGCACGAAGUGGAAAAUUUUCAAAAGAUAGACUACGCUUUGGUGCACCAUGGAGACAUCCUCCACCUAAAAAUGAUCCUACCAUGUGCCUUGGAUGGGCAAAGAUUCAGCUGAUGGAUUUUGUGCAGUCUCUAAUUAAUACAGAAUUUGGAAUUAAUUAUCUAGCUGAUUGUAGCCUUGAGAUCAUGGACGAUCCGUCUGCUGUUGCAUUGGUGGAGGUUGGUUUGUUGUAUGCUCAACGGGAUCCAUCCGUCAUUCGCCCCAUAUCUAGAGGCAUUCAGCGGUGUAUUGUAAGAUGGCUUGUCCAAGAAAGGAUGCAGAUGAGUUACCCGAAAUUUGUACAGUAUAAAUGGCAGUGUUUUAUGCGUGGCCGUAGCUAUCGUCAUUUGAUGCUACAAGUAGGCUAUAAGUAGAGCAUAAGAGCUUUACAGCAAGGAGAUGAGUCUAACAAAAUGAUCUGAUUUGACUCUUUCAGCCGUCUCUUGGCAAACGCACUUUUUACUUUGGGAGUGGCCCCUGCUUCGGGUUAACAUAAAUAUUUUUUACAGAGCGCAAACACUGGUAAAAUCAUCAUUAGCCGAUUAAGAGGAAAUUCGGUGCUUAGAUACGCCACGGAGCAACCGUGUCAAAGAUUUGAUUUUUGAAGACUACCAACAGAAAUUUUUGACAUUUGGAGAUGUGUAGAGCAUAGCUUGAAGUGAAGUAUACGGGCCAGCAUUCUCUCAUGAUUCAUAUUUUUUUGUUCAACAAAAAUUUCAAUAGCAAAGGAUGCAUAGAGCAAAAUAAGGUCCAACUAGUCAGCCCAUUGAGUUUUGGUUAACGUAACGCUCGCUCAUUUUUUAUGGGCUCCCAUUCAUGAGAAGUUCUUUGGUGCGGCCGCCUGAGAACACUUGCGAGGGAGAGAUUCUCAUUGACGAGGUCUCGCUCUCGUGAGUGUUGCUUGCUGCGGCCGCCACAACAAAUUAUUACCAUUAGGUUCUGGCUAAGAUUAUGUUUUUUUAAUUUAUCUUGUGAUUUUCUUAGACCAAAACAAAUCCAUAUAUUAAAUCAAAAUUCAAUUUUAUGUGUA